AUGUCUAGUUCUAUUGUAAAUUCCAAAACAACUUUCCACUCAAGAUCAAGCAGCUUCCCAUCUAAAUCUCACCCUCUGACCACCAGUGUUGAGGAUCAGUUGAGCAGAUUAAGAGCUUCUGAAGCUGCCUCAACCUCAGCGUCUUCUGCAUGUAAGAACUUGGAUAGCCUUCAAGAUUUGCAUCAACACAUCAACGAAGUCUUUCAAUUGCCAUCAUUCCACAGAGCUUUCUCUCAGAAAAGGUCUGCAUUGGAUGAGAUUCUAGAAGGUUCUCUCAGAUUGCUAGAUUUUUGCUCAAUUGCAAAGGAAGCUUUGUUGAGUACAAAGGAAUCUAUCCAAGUGCUUCAAUCAUCUCUUAGGAGAAAAUCUAGAGAAACUGGCUUGACACAGGAAGUUAUGAGCUAUAUGGCCUCGAGAAAGAAGAUCUUACAGCUAGUUUCCAAGAGCAUGAAAAGUUUGAUCAAUUUCGAAAAAAAUAUCAGCCUACCAUUCUCAAAUGAAGAUGCUGAUCUUGAAGCAAUUGUAAACAUGGCAAGAGAAGUACAGGCUGUAAGUUUUUCGGUCUUGAAGUCAGUGUUGUCUCAUGUGUCUGACACAAAGGCGACUUCAAAGCAGAGUGGAUGGUUAAAAGUUUCCAAAUUUAUGCAAUCAAAACGUGUUUCGUCUGACACAAAAGACACUGAAGAUCAUGAAGUGAAGAAGAUUGAUGAGGCUUUGAAUGCUUUAACUGUUCAAAAAUCCUGCAAAGACAUCAACACAGUGCAAAAUGUGCUGAAGCAAUUGCAAACACUGGAAUGUAGCAUUCAGGAGCUUGAAGAGGGAUUAGAGCCCAUCUUUAGGUGCUUAUUAAACACUCGAGUUACUCUUCUGAAUGUACUCAAUCAUUGA